CCUCUUACGAAUCUGCACCGCGUAUCGCAAUGCUUACCGGGCCAAUGGCAUGCAAUGCACCUGGCGCUUUCGGGAAUAGCUCACGUCAAAACCUCGAUAGAUUGGUAUACGCAUGCGCCAAUGCAGGACUGGAGCUUCAGGUGAUGGGGACCACGGGCAGCUCUUGAUCCCCGCGCCUCUCGAUACGCUUGAUGCCGACCUAGAAACGGGAUGGACGGCACUGAUUGCGUAGGGAAUUUAUAUCAAUUGAAUUGCCCCCAUGGGCUUGGAACUCGUUACUCUAUCAACCAGGCCGUUGCCGACACUCUUGCCUGAACAUCCAUUAUGAAUGGCACAAGUGACAAGACAGCGUUGGUGCAGGCGGCUGAGGAUUUCCUCGCCGCGGCAAAGGCGUUCAAUGGCGACGAUGUAAUGGCGAGAGCGGGCUUGAUGAAGCACGCCGAUCAUCUUCGCCUGCUUGUCGAAGACCCGUUCGGGACCAUUAUGAGGCAAUGGGAUGUCAUCCAUCUCACGGCCGCCCUGAACGUGCUCACUUCAAUGGGCAUUCUGCAACGGGUUCCCCGGGAGGGGAGCAUUGGGUCCGAAGAGCUCGCGAGCGCCGUUGACAUUGAUGAAUCGGUCGUUCAGCGGGCGAUGCGAAUCAUUGUUGCGCAAGGUAUCGCCUUGGAGCCCAGUCCAAACCACUACGUCCACAAUGCAAAAUCGCUUGCAUACGUGACGGGCUCUAGCCAGUACUUCUUCAAGAUGGUUGUCGAUCAAGACGAAGCUCUCACCUCGCUCCCGCACUACUUCGCCACCCACAGCAAACAAGACCUGACCGAUAUUGAAAAGACGCCCUAUGCCUUCUCCAAGAAAAUGGAGGGCAGCACCUACUACCAAGUCAUCUCCGCCGAUGCCGAGCGGCUCGAGAUCUUCAACCACACGCUGGCGCACCUGGAAGAGCAACACCCUGUGCUAGGUAUGUUCCCCUUCUCGUCCAUGAAAGCGCAUGUCGAAGCGGAGCCGCAUCGUCCCUUCCUUGUCGACGUAGGAGGCGGUAUCGGUCGAGUUUUGAAAUCCAUUCUGCAAGAAGCUCCGAAUGGGUUUGGCGCGGAGGUUGUGCUGCAGGACCGGGCGGAGGUGAUUGAUGUUGUCGACCGAGAUGGGAUUCCCGAUGUGACUCUGAUGGUGCAUGACUUUUUCACGCCGCAGCCGGUGAAGAAUGCACACCUCUAUCUGCUCCGAAGAAUCUUGCACGACUUUUACGAUCCAGCGUGCAUCGAUAUCGUCAAAAACAUUGCCAGCGCCAUGGGUCCGACGUCGAGACUGCUCAUUGGAGACUGCGUUGUCCCGGAGAAAGCCAACAUGGGCGACGACUUUUUUGUGUACUGGAUGGACCUUACCAUGAUGGUCAUUGGAGGCCAGGAGAAGACAGCUAAGCAAUUCACUCGCAUUUUUGACGCCGCUGGAUUGGAGUUGGUGAGAAUUUGGCCGGCUGCGAUUGGGAUGCAGUCGAUGGUGGAGGCCAAGUUGAAGGCGUAAUGAAUGUGGUGAUGCUAGACAGCGUUACCCACAAACUCACCUAUUUCUGCGCAGAUCUGGCCUUGAGCUUCUCGGCA